CGUCUAUGCUUUGGCUCUUGGGGAAAAGAAAAAAAAGAAAAAAAAAGGAGAUGUCCUAGGACUGUGCAAGAGGGAUCUCUGAGAAAUAACAACAAUCACUUCUGCAUGCUCCUCCUGCAGUGCUCUGAGAGACUAACCAAGGGCUUUCUCCUAAGAGAUGAACUUCUGACCAUGGGGGACUGGAAUUUGUUGGGCAGCAUCCUUGAAGAAGUGCACAUCCACUCCACCAUAGUUGGCAAAAUCUGGCUCACGAUCCUGUUCAUAUUCCGGAUGCUGGUGCUGGGAGUGGCUGCUGAAGAUGUCUGGGAUGAUGAGCAGUCCGAGUUCAUCUGCAACACAGAGCAGCCUGGCUGCAACAACAUCUGUUACGACAAAGCCUUCCCCAUCUCUUUGAUCAGAUACUGGGUCCUGCAGAUCAUAUUUGUCUCCUCCCCAUCCCUAGUGUACAUGGGCCAUGCGCUCUACAGGCUGAGGGCGCUGGAGAAAGAGCGACAGAACAGGAAAGCCCAGCUGCGGGCUCAGCUCGAGGACCUGGAGCCCAUGCUCGAGGAGCACAGGAGGGUGGAGAGGGAGCUGCGUAAGCUGGAGGAGCAGAAGAAAGUGCACAAGGCACCCCUGAGAGGGUCCCUGCUGCGCACCUAUGUCCUACAUAUCCUGACCCGCUCCGUGGUCGAAGUGGGCUUUAUGAUAGAGAAGACCAUCUUUAUGGUUUUCAUGAACAGCAUCGCCGCCGUCUCCCUCUUCCUCAACAUCCUGGAAAUCGCCCACCUGGGCAUCAAGAAGAUCCAGAAGAGCCUGUGCGGGCAGCCGCAGUGGCCGGCGGGCCCCUGCGAGGAGGAGCCCAGCCUGUACAACUCCAAGAAGAGCUCGGUGGUGCCGCCGCCGCCCUGCCUGGCCAGCAACGCGUCCCCGCCGCCUUUGAGCCUCUUACCCACUGGGAAAACACUUCAUAGUGAGCAGGAUAGGGAAGAGAAAGCUGCUGUUCAGCAUGAGUGCUUGCCAUCUUCUUCAGAACGGGGCAUGUUUACUCAACCUUUCAACAACGUGUAA